AUGACCAAGCUCAGCCUGUGCCUCCUGUUCGUCGUCCUGGCGAUCGCCGCCACCCAGGCGGACGACGACCGACGCCCCUGCCUCGGACGCUGCACAGGACUCUCCUCCGGGAAGAGCGUGUGCAUCCGCAACAAGUCGAGCAACUUGUGCACCCGCCUGCCGGCCUGCCGCCUGAGGGAGAAGAACUGCCGUCGCCGGGACAGUGGGCUGGAGCCCAUCCGGGAGACCUGCAUCACCCGCUGCCGGAACAUCCCCGGCUCCAGCGGCGUGGGCAAGUGCGCCUCCAAGCUGCGUCCGCGUCCCCAGAGCCAGGGAAAGCGCACCCGGGAGUGCCAGAGGAGGCUCUGCGUGGACGACAAGCAGGCCGGCUGCUGGAGGGACCAGCAGGGCGCCUGUAUCCUGCAGACCCGCUGCGAGGCCCAGCGGAGGAACUGCGUCCGUGACCAGACCAACCAGUGGGUGCGGGCCAGCCAGUGGAGCUGCAAGGGCAACUCAGUGGGAGGCGGCGUCCGUCGCUGCCGCAAGAGGCCCAUCGUCAUCAAGGAUUGA